AUGGGGCCCCCCCUGGGUAAAAAUCCUGGGUCCGCCACUGCUCCUCAGUAUAGGUCAAUGCUGGGCGGUAAGGUAAAUCCCUCUUUGCUUGAUUUAAAGCAUUUGCGCUUGUUGGACUUGAGCGAUAACAAUUUUGAUGGUCAGAUUCCUAAAUUUCUUUGUUAUAUGCACAAUUUAAGACACCUUGAUCUUUCUCUAAAUUCUUUCCAAGGUAUAAUUCCUCACCAGCUUGGGAACGUCUCUAAUCUGCAAUAUCUUGCCCUCCGUGGCAGGUGGAAUCCCAAAAUCAAUGGGACGACUUUGCAACUUAAGGUCAAUCACUCUCUCACUCUCUCAUUUGUCAAUUUAAGCCAACCAAUAUCUGAUGUCCUUGACAUUUUUUCUAGAUGUGUUUCAGACAUACUAGAGAGUUUGGGUUUGGAUGAAAGUCAAGUUUUUGGUCAAUUUACUAAUAGACUUGGACGAUUUAAGAAGUUAGUUUAUCUUGGUCUGUAUAACAAUUCUAUUUUAGGUUCUAUUCCAUCCUCUUUAGGAGAACUAUCGUCGUUAGAAAUUGUUUAUAUUGGCUAUAACAAAUUGAAUGGAACUGUUUUUGAGAUGCAUUUUUCCAAUCUGACAAGAUUAGUUGAAUUUUUUGCAUCUGGAAAUUCAUUAGUAUUCCAAGUCAGUCCUCAUUGGGUUCCUCCUUUUAAACUUGAAACUCUAGGAUUGAGAUCUUGUCAUUUAGGGCCUCAAUUUCAACUGUGGCUUCGUUCACAAAAGCAUUUAGGAUAUCUUGACAUAUCUGAUUCAAGAAUUAAAGAUGCUAUUCCAACAUUUUUAUUCAAAAAUCCUUUCUUGCUUGUAAAUCUCUCUCACAACCAACUCUAUGGGCAGAUUCCAAAUUUAACGGAGUCCACUCAACUUGAAGUGCUUGACUUGAAUUCAAAUCGUUUAUCAGGUGCAUUGCCUCUUUUACCCUUCAAGUUGUAUCUACUUGAUCUUUCCAACAACGCUUUGUCAGGAUCAAUUUUCCAUUUCUUGUGUCAUAAGAUGAACGAGUCAACGCGCAUGAUGCAAAUUCUCAUCCUUAAUAACAACUUUUUGUCAGAAGUUAUACCUAAUUGUUGGAUGAAUUUGAAAGGCUUAAAAGUCCUGAAUUUAGGUAACAAUAGAUUCACGAGUAAGCUUCCAGCUUCUAUUGGGACUUUAAGUUCUCCUGAAUGGUUAAACCUUCGCAAAAACCACUUUUCUGGAACAAUUCUUGUGUCACUCAAAAAUUGUACGCAGAUGGUGUCGCUUGAUUUGGGUGAAAAUGAGUUUGUUGGAAAUCUCAAGGUGUGGGUUAGAGAGAGAUUUUCAAGAAUGAAGAUUCUCAACCUUAGAUCAAAUAAGUUUUCUAGCCAUUUACCAAAAGAACUUUGUAAUCUUCGUUCUCUGCAAAUCUUAGACCUUGCAGAUAACAACUUCUUUGGAACCAUACCAAGAUGCAUCAAUAACUUCAGUGCCAUGAUGAAAAUUAGCUCUAAUGAGGAAAGCGAUAUGAAUUAUCAAUCUUCUAGAGAUGUUUUUUCAACAUAUUUGGAGAGUGAACUACUUGUGAAGAAAGGUCACAUGGUUGAAUACAACACAAUUUUGAAGUUCGUGAGAGGUAUAGACCUUUCAAAAAAUAAUUUCUUCAGACAGAUUCCUAUGGAAGUGACAAAUCUUUCAGAAUUGCAAUCAUUAAACCUAUCACACAAUGGUUUUACUGGAAGAAUUCCGGAGAACAUUGGUGCUAUGAGAUCUCUAGAGUCUAUCGAUUUCUCCAGAAAUCAACUUUCAGGUGAAAUCCCACAAAGCAUUUCAAGUUUGACGUUUUUGAGUGACUUGAACUUGUCCAACAACAACUUAAUAGGAAGAAUUCCUUCAAGCACUCAAUUAAGUGGCUUUGAGGCAUCCUGUUUUACAGGAAACCAACUUUGUGGACCUCCACUUCCUAAUAAUUGUACUGUGCCUACUCCAACAAUCAACAGUCAGAGCAGAGGAAAGAAAGAUGGUAAUGAAGAUGAAGUGAACUGGUUCUUUGUGAGCAUGGCACUUGGAUUUAUUGUGGGAUUCUGAAGUGAGUAAUUGUUUGAACGUUUGUCAUGAAAUGAUAUCUGCUAUCUUUUUUACAAAUAAAAA